AUGGCUUCAUGCGGUAUGAGUGUUAUUUCACGCGCCAAUUCCUUGGCUCUUCAAGGUUACAAGCACUGUUGUCAUGUAAUGUUACAUUCGCCUGUGGAAGAAAAGCUUUUUGGCUUUUAUCCACUGAAACAGGCUGUCCUGGUAAGUACCAGUUAGUCAUGCUUGUACCCUUUAGUCUUCAUUCAGUACAGAAGUUAAUGAAAAUAUGAUUUCACCUGCAAAGUAGUAAUGGAAAGAUCUCUUUAUCGCUAACUAAUGUUUUUUAGAGCAAAUCAGGCGUAUGCAUGAACACUUGACUGAUAUUGUGGACUUAGGUUUGAAAGAACACUGUUCAUCGACUGAUAAAAGGAUACGCCAGUUACGUCCAUUAUUAUACGUUAAAUUUACUCUGACUCUGGUCGACAACAUUCAAUCGAUAUACAUUAUAUACAUUAGAAUCACUCUGAGUACUCUGAUUGGUGGAGAGCAUACAGUCAACAUACAAUAGCGUGUGAAGUUGACAUAAUAAUCCAAUUUGUGAUAUAAACUACGGUGUUCUACAAGGAUUUCCAGUCCUGAGAAAAGCCGUGACAACACACGUGAUAAAAUACUGUAUAUUGUUAUAUGUGUUUGGUAUCACCAAUCAGCUGCUGUCACAUUACUUGCCUUUGGCGCCUUUUGGUCAGGUUGAUGAAUGAAUGGCAAAGCCUUUACCAUUCUCAAUCUAUUGUUGUUUGUCAGCAUUUUUUUGGAUUAUGGCUGCUAAACACUCAAAUUUGUCUAUUGCUUUCAGACAGCGAUGUUCAAACUUUCCAGAAGGGGAAGAAAAUCAAAAUACAAAAAGUAAAACGGAAAGUUAUGUAUUUAGUGGCUAAAUUGGUGAAGGCAUUUCUUGUAGCUGAGAAUGAAAGUCAGCAACGAAAAGAUUUGCCACAGGCCGAUUUUUUGUCAUGUACUUGAAGGAUUUAUUCAGUCAGUAAGAACCUAUUGAAUAACUCAGAAUUUUGUUGAUUGAAAAUUAGGCCCAUUGUUUGUUUUUGUAGUGAUUUAAUGUAUGUUUACACUGUGAGUGUACCAAUGCACUUUACAAUUGUUAUUUGGAGUGUUGAUCCUUUUGUUUUGAUUCAUUAAUAAGGUUGACUUUUCUCUUCAGUAAAAAACUAUUGUGUUCAUAUGAUAAACAAAAUAAUACAUGUAGAUGCUUGUAGAUAUGAAAUUUCUCUUCUCAUGUUCAACUCGACAUUUCACGCGUGAGCUAUUGGGUUAAACUUUUGAUGAGGAAUUCCAUAUCUAUGCACACCCAUGUAUUAUUCUCUAUAUCUGCAGCAGGGUCAUCAUGUUGACUACAAAAUCUGCCUAGUUUUCUAGCCCCACGUCUGUGUAGUGUUCUCAAACUUUCUGAAAACUCAGAGAGAAAGUAUCUCGUCAGUAUCUGUUAUGUUACUUACUAACUGGGAGGUUCAUAGUAGAAAAACUGUGUUGGUGGUCUUGAAUACCCAUCAAGAGCUGUACUCAAGACACAGGGUACACUUUUUUUCCAAAAUGGUUUGACUCAUGAAAGAACUCAAAACUUUGCUCAACUUUUUACAACAAAAAAAAAAAUUGUUUUGGAGAAUUCAGAUAUUCAAUGAAUGAAAGAAACAUUGAUUAAUUCAUUGUAAAUAAAUAGCUGACAUUUUUGACUUCCUGAGUGACAUUUUUUGAAGGAUUAUUAGACAAAGAAUAGUUCUUGGAUAUUAUGUCAACCCAUGUAAUGACACAUUUGCUAUUGACAAAUUCAUUCCAAACUAAUUUUCCUUGGGAAGGAUAUUUUGAAUCCUUUUGAUAAGGUGUUGUAGCUUGGUUCAGCUAUUUCAGUUCUGGUUUGGGUAAACAUGUAGUUUAUUUUAAGUUGAGCUCUUUCAGCAAAUUUCUGCCUUUAUCUAUUGCAUUAUUCACAUUAUUACUCUGAAGUAACAUAACGUAUAUGUGCCAGUUGGCAGAAUUAUGGGUGGACUGGUGAGGGAAAAAUGAUGCAGAUUCUUGCUUUGGGAGUUUACAUUUACAUGUAAAUGUGGAGAUGUUAAUUUUGGAAUUUUUGAAUAAUGGCAAUGGAUAUUUUGUAGGAGGGAGAAUAUCCAACACUCUUACGAAUGCUUUUUAAGAUGUGUUACAUAAGCUCAUGAACUAGCAGACCUUAAAAUCAUUUAUUUUUGAAGAUAUCAACAUAUAAUCAGAAACUAAAUGGGUGAAAUAUUACCAUGUUAAGCUCACUUGUGGCUGGGGUAGAUUUCUUUCAACAAAAAUGAUUGACAGCAAAAGUUCCUAUUGUGAAUUUUGGAUGAUCCUUUCAAUCUUUCCUAGCGUAGUUUGUCAGUUAGUGUAAUUUCUUGCCAAUGAUGCAAAACCUGAGUUUUUGUCUAACUAUUUUUGCAAAGAUUAAAGUAUUAUGGGAAGUUUGAUUUUUUUGUAGUGGAAUACUGAUGCCACCACAAUAAGAUUUUGCUGUCAAUUAGACAUUUAUGAAUUUUUUGGAAGAGCUGCCUCAUUUAUUGAAGCAAUCUACUAUUAGUCAAAUUUUUAGCUACUGUUUGCUCUUUACCUUCUCCAAAGUGAAUAGUGCAUGGCUGAUAACCUCUUUGCGAGCCAAUCAGCUCUAGAAAAAAAAAUUCACUAGUAAGGUAAGUAGUAAGGAAAAAUAGAUUAAUAAAAAUAAAUAAAAUGAUUAAUGACAUCACCAGAAUAGAAAUGUGCUUGCAACUGGUAUCUUCAACAGGGCAGGGUGCUUUGUGACUCCUGCUCCCGUGAACAAAGUAGUAAUGAGCAGUUGCAAAAUAGAAAUACAAUUCUGGUGUGAGAGCUUAACUACUUGAAGUCCUCUAUUUCAACUUAAAAAUUGGUGGGUUUACGGCUCGUCAGAUUUGUCAGAACUCAACAGUCAGGUUAUUUUUGUAUUUCCUCAGAUGCAGCUUCGUUUUGAUGGCCGAAUGGGAUUUCCUGGAGGAUUUGUGGACGAUUUUGAAGAUCUAGAGACUGCCAUUAAUAGAGAGGUCGUAGAAGAGCUUGGAGAAACAACAAAUCCCGUCAAGAUUACUAAAGAAAACUAUGUGAUCUCUCAUUUGUAUGAGGAGUAUGUGUCAGAACUGGACAUCACAAAGAAACUUUGUCUUCACUUCUUUGCCAAAAAUGUUCCAUUAGAACAAUUCUUAGAACUUGAGACAAGGAAACAAGGGGCACCGUAUUUAGGUUAUGAGGUUUGUCAGUCUUUCUUUUGAACUCCACCCUAUACACACAACAAUUAAUGCUGAAACAUUUUUCAAGUUUAGAAGUAGUAUUAUUUUUUUGAAAACUUAUUGUAUUAUUAUUAUUUAACUCCAGGCCUGGGUUGUUUGAAGCGUGGACGAUGAUAUCCAUUGGAUGAAUCUCUAUCCGGUGGAUAACGCACUAUGUUUUGUGAACACUUUCUGUUGAAUAGCGAUUUAUCCGCUGGAUAGCGUUAUCCGCCCUUAAUACAACUAGACUCAGCAGUCCAUUGCAAAAGAUUUAUGUUUUUCACGUUAGAUAUCUUAGUUACAAUGUCCAUCUUUUAUGUGCUUCAAACAAAGGAUUCAUUAACCUGUCAGCUCUCAAGAUCCAAUGUAGUAAUUCUUCUUGCCUCUCUUUUGUUAUAUCAAGAUAACGCCCUUUGGUGGACAGAUUUGUGUGUUUUAUUCACAUUCAGAAGAUAUUGUACGAUGUUGUAAUUUAGGAGAGGUUAAUUUUAAUCUUUUUUAGAGGCAAAAAGGUAAACUCAGUGGAAGUAGUCACAAGAAAUUUAUCCCAAGAUUUUAGUAAAUCAUUCCAGCAAGAAAAAGUCUCUUAUCGUUUUUACUGUAGUUUCGUAGACGGCAGAAAUUUCACUGUUUCCCUUUCAACGGAAUACUUAAGUGAGAGACACAGCAUUGUUUAAUGGCUGUCACGUUUGACUCUGGAUAAAGAGAUUGAGAGUCAAUCCUUAACUAUCAGGGUCGUGUCCUAUCGUGGAGGAAAAAGAAUGAAUUCUCGCUAAGCAUUUCUUACCAGGAGAUCAUAAAUCUAAAAUGUUUUCCGGUGCAUUGACAGGGUCAGAUAAGAGAGACGUGAGGAAAUGUGCACAUUCCGCUGUAACUUGUCUGUACCUAUACGACCAAAGUCAUGAUCUGAAAAAUUUUAUGGUGAUUUUUAAAGAAAGCGCAUUUCUCUGUCAAGUUUAUUAUUUUCUUAAUCGGCGAAGGUUUCUUCUGUUGUGCAUUUACACCAGAAAUAGUUUUGAAGUUCACCUCUCCCGGGAGGAUGUUAUCCCCGAAAAAUAUUCACACCAUGAAAAACUGGUGCAACUAGCUCGUACGCGCGGCAUUUCAAGUUCGCUUUACUUAUGUUCGGAUCGUGACAAAAAAAAGACAUUGAGACAUGUUUCUCUCUUACAAAGCAUUUUCUCGAACUUGUAGUGUUUGAGUUUCAAAUUACUCGGUGAGAAUAUAUAUGCAGAUCUUCCGAUUGAGUGCGAUGUUUGUUAUUAUUGUACUGUGAAUUCAAACCUUCCUUAUUUGUCUGUUGAUAGGUCCUCGGGCUGGUUCGCUGUCCAGUGUACAUCUUGAGAGACAAACGAGGAGGGCUUCCGUCAUUUCUAAGACACGACUUUGUAGGAAACUCCCGACAACAGCUGUUAAUCGGCUUGGAACACGAAGGGAUAUUAACUCCAGAGGAGAUCAAGGAAGUUGUGCAACUCUCUCAAUCAAUUCCAGCGUCGGCGGCUAAAUUGUGACAGUAACAGUGUUUGAUAUUGCCGGGGAAGUACAGGUAUGUGGAACUAAUUUCAGAAGAUAACGGCAGUUGAUAGUGCCAAUUGCUUUUCUGAGGAGGAGUGGACAUGCAAUCGAUUCUGGGCUUGAUGCGUGGGUGAAGGCUGGAAGUUUCGAUAAAACCUUGUGAAAAUGGACGUUUAUCCUGGUCCAUUUUUAAGUUUGCGAGCUUAAUAAACGAUAUUCCACAGCCGCUUUGGAAAAGAUGCAAAUGUAAUCGCAAAGCACGUUUUUAUCACGAACGAACAGCGUUUUACGGAAGAACAAUGGCCGUUUUACUCAUACGAUUCGACUCACAGGACGAAUUUCAGUGAACACUAAUAUUAGUUAGAUUAUUAUUUUUUACUAUUGUGAUGAUGAUAUUAUUAUUGUUAUUAUUGUAAUAUAACCGUGUGUAUAUUCCAAAUGCAAAUGAUACUUGCAAAAGCUUUUUAAAGUUUCCCGCAGGCAA